AUGUUUUAUUUUGAAAGAGCAGUAAGAGAGGGUAGGUUAGCAUCUUUUGGUGUUUUUCCUCAAUCAAUAGAAAAUUUAUCUGUGGUAAGAAUUGCCCAAACACUGGAAUCAGAUAAUGGUACUACAGAAGUUUCUGUAGAUGAGUUAUCAGAACCCAGUAGUGAAACCAAUUUUGAAAUUUGGAGCAGUAAAGGUAAGCCAUCGGAAGAAGAUAUAUUGGCAACCACAAAGCUUUUGGAAAUACUUGGCUCUGAUAAGUAUAAACAAUUAUUUAAUGAUAAAAAAAAUCCAAAGAACAAGCUUUGGAAAAAUGUAGCAAUAGUUAUGACCGAAAAUGGUUUUGCGGUAACAGCUGUGAAGUGUCAACAAAAAUAUUUAAACUUAGUAAAAAGUUAUACUAGCCAUGUCAGGCAUUUACACCAAACUGGUGAAGGUAAAAAAGUACCUCCUCCAUUUUAUGAAGAAAUGCAUAGCAUUAUAGGGUCAAAAGACAAAAUAACUUUGGCAAAUAGGGUAGAUACCCUUGAAAUGCCAAAAGACCUUGAACCUGAUGUAAAUCAACCUUCCACAAGUAAAGAUUCAUCUACAAAAUACAGCAAUACCCAAUAUAACGUACAAGAUGAUAAACGAUCUGAAAAUGACAAUGUUAAGACAUAUCAAAAAGUGUCCAAAAGAAAGACAUGUGUUACAAAAGCUGAUGUACUAAGUACUAUAGUUAAUUGCAACAAUCAAGUUAUUGAAAACCAAAAUAAGAGUUUUGAUAAAAUGUUUACUUUUUUAAAUGAACAAAAUAAAUUGAUAGCCCAUCAAAAUACACAAAGAGACCAACUUAUAAACAUUCUACAGCAAUCUUUACAGCAGACAUCAAAAACAAUUAGUCACAGACAAUCUGAAAAAGUUUUUAUGGGAAGCAGCCAGAGUAAAUUCAGUCCAGAACCAAAAGAUGCUUGGCACAAAAUUAAAGGUACUGGUAAAAAACCAAAAUAUCUCCAGAGUGUCCUGCAAGCCAUCAUUGAUCUGAAAGAAUCAACGGGUUCGUCGCAAGGAAGAAUCAUCGACUAUCUUAGGAGUACCAUAAAAGAACCACAAGUAAACUUAACACCUAGACAUUUCUCAAUGAAUGUAAAAAGGGCUCUACAAUAUGCUGCAAUUCAUGGAAUGGUUAUACAGCGAGGCGGAAAGUUCCAAAUGGCUCUUAAUCAGAAGGAGUUUGAAAUAUUUAAAGGUCUUCGUGUUGGAGAUCCUCUAAUAGACAGUGUAAACACAAAAUGCAAAAGAAAAGGCAAAAUAUGUAGAAAACAGGUACAAAAUAUAAGAAUAAAACGAAAACCGAAUAAAAUACAGAACGAAAGUUCUAAGAAAAAUAUAAAAACAGAGGUGGAAAGUGGCAAUACCAAUGAAAUUGAUGAUGAUUACUUUAUAAAGCUUGAACAAUCUUUAAAAAAUAAAUAGCUUUCAUUUUAGUAGAUUGACAUUUACCAAAAAUAUUAGCAUUUCAUUAUAUUGUUUGUCUUUACCUGUUAGUAUAUGAUUUUUUAAA